AUGAAGAUAGGGGAAGUUAAUGGUUUUGCUCUUUCCCAUUUUGAAGGUAAAAUGAGGCCCAUAUUCUGUGGGAACUUCGAGUUUGAUGCAAGACAGGGUGAACUGGAGCGACUCUUUAGAAAAUAUGGAAAAGUUGAUCGGGUGGAUAUGAAGUCUGGGUUUGCUUUUGUCUAUAUGGAGGAUGAAAGAGAUGCUGAAGAUGCAAUUCGUGCCCUUGAUCGCUAUGAAUUUGGUAGGAAAGGACGCCGACUUCGUGUUGAGUGGACAAAGCAAGAACGCAACGUGAGACAGCCUGCAAGUUCAAGAAAAUCUUCAUCCAAUUCGCGCCCAUCAAAAACCCUUUUUGUAAUCAAUUUUGAUCCGUAUAACACCAGGACAAGGGACCUCGAGAGGCACUUUGAUCCUUAUGGCAAGAUUCUCAACAUAAGGAUCAGAAGAAAUUUCGCCUUCAUACAAUUCGAGUUACAAGAAGAUGCCACCAAAGCCCUUGAAGCCACAAACAUGAGCAAGCUGAUGGACCGUGUUAUUUCCGUUGAAUACGCGAUUAAAGACGAUGACGAUAGGAGAAAUGGGAGUAGCCCGGGUCGUGACAGGUCGCCACGUAGACGAGGUGAUGACAGACGGUCACCGAGUCCAUAUAGGAGAGAGCGGGGCAGCCCGGAUUACGGGCGUGGACGUGGUCGCAGCCCGAGCCCACACCGUAGGGACCGCGGGAGCCCCGAUUAUGGCCGUGGAGCGAGCCCUGCUUUGAACGGUGCGAGCCGUCGUGACCCGAGUGUGAGCCCGGUGGGCCGGAAAGCGAGCCGGAGCCGGAGUCCUCGUAGAGAAAGGGAAAGGGAAAGAGAAAGAGAAAGGAGCCCGCCACCUCGCCAUAGCCGUGGGUCGGUCCCAAAGGAGCGGGUUAGCCCGGAAUAUGAACAUGGUGCUAUCGUGAGCCCCAGAAGUGAAGGGCGGAUCAGCCCUGAUGAUUCACCCCGUGAAGCCAGCCCGGAUGCUAAGCGUGAGAGCCCGGGUUACAGUGGAGCUGAAAGCCCACCAGAUCGGUACCGCAGUAGAUCACCGGGUGCUAGGGAGAGGUCUCGAUCCUGAUUGGUCAACAGAAUGAGAAAUGUAACAGGAUUUGGGUUUGAAUUUGAAUUUUAGAAAGAAAAAACCGAAGAAUGUAAUGAAUGGAUUUGUAGUGAAGCUGGUGAGUGUGAGACCUUAUAAUCUAGAAUUUUGUAUUUGUUUGGAUGUUUUACAUUUAAUCAAAUUGUAUUACAGUCUGUUCCAACACUUAAGCUUGAUAUGGUGUUAUGAAUGUUGCUUUGCGAACAAAAAUGAUU